UUCCAUAUCUCAACACUAAUCCUCUAAAGUGUUCUUAGAGAUGAUGAUGCCCAUCAAACUACAUAUACUUCUCCUAUGCCUUCUCAUUUUCACCAUCCUCUCCAUGCAUGGAACUCAGGCAGGACAUUCCCUAGAACCAACUCCAGCACCAACUGCUCAACCAGUCAGCCAUCACAUGUAUGGGGUGACGCAAGGAAGCCUUCAGCCAGAAGAAUGUUCGGGGAGAUGCACAGAGAGAUGCUCGGCGACGCAGUAUAAGAAGCCAUGCAUGUUCUUUUGCCAGAAAUGUUGUGCAAAGUGCCUGUGUGUGCCACCAGGAACUUAUGGGAACAAGCAGUCUUGCCCUUGCUAUAACAACUGGAAGACUAAGAGAGGUGGACCAAAAUGCCCUUGAAUAUAUAUAUGUUAUCACCUUUCUUGUGAAUGCUAUUUUUUCUUUUCUUCUUUCAUGUUCUUGUAUGGUUUCUUUCGGUCUUGUUAAAUAUUUUGAGUUCAAAUGUAAUGGUUAGUUGUGUGUACCAUUCAAUAUUUUGUUUGUGAGAAUAUUUGAGAGAGAUUGACAAGAAUUCAAAUAGAAUUUA